GGCGGAGAACCCUGCCAGCAGCCAUUGGGUUCCCGCGCGUCCUGAUCCUCUGUCCUAGCAGACUCUUGGACCCCUGGCAGCAUGGCUGUCAAGAAAAUCGCAAUCUUCGGGGCCACCGGAAAGACCGGACUCACCACUAUGGCGCAGGCGGUGCAAGCAGGUUAUGAAGUCACUGUGCUGGUUCGGGACAUGUCCAGGCUGCCGUUGGAGGGGCCCCGGCCAGCCCACGUGGUCGUGGGUGACGUUUUGAAGGCCGCUGAUGUGGACAAGACAGUGGCUGGACAGGAAGCCGUCAUUAUCCUCCUGGGCACUGGCAGUGACCUCAGUCCUACGACUGUGAUGUCCCAGGGCACCCAGAAUAUUGUGGCAGCCAUGAAGGCACAUGGAGUGGACAAGACAAGACGGUUCUGGCUGACCCUGCCCUGUGUAUUCCCUCCCACCCUCACAGCCUUUCUGUUAUGGGACCCUGCUAAGGUACCCCCACGCCUGCAGGAGGUGACCAACGACCACAUCCGGAUGCACAAAGUACUGCAGGAGUCUGGCCUGAAGUAUGUGGCUGUUAUGCCUCCACAUAUAGGGGACCAGCCACUCACUGGGGCCUACACUGUGACUUUGGAUGGACGGGGGCCUUCAAGGGUCAUCUCCAAACAUGACCUGGGUCACUUCAUGCUGCGCUGUCUCACCACGGAUGAGUACAAUGGGCACAAUACUUACCCAUCCCACCAGUAUGACUAGGAUCCCAACCCUGCCUAGAAGGCUGGGAUUCUGGGAAAUGAGCCCCAA